AGCGUCCAGGCUGAGGGCAGGGCGGCGGGGUAGGUUGCUCCUGAGGUGGGAGGCGGCACCCCAAGGCUGAGGAGACCCGAGAGCGACAUGUCCCGGGUUGCUGAGGCAGAACGGUCCGUGGCGCUGUUUUACUGAGUCGGGGGCGGCCUGGGAGCCGGCCGAGGACGAGGGUCGGCAGGGGCUGCCCCCGCCGUGGUGGCCGCCAUGCUGAGGCCCCGGGGAGCUGAGGGAGCCGCUGUGGCGCUUCUCCGGCUGCCGCUGCUGCUGCUGCUGCUGUUGCCGAAGCUCCGGGAUCCGGGGCUCGGCGUGGUGGGCGCCGCUGGGGCCGGGCUGCCAGAGAGCGUCAUUUGGGCAGUCAACGCGGGCGGCGAGGCGCAUGUGGACGUGCACGGGAUCCACUUCCGCAAGGACCCUCUGGAAGGCCGGGUGGGCCGAGCCUCAGACUAUGGCAUGAAACUGCCAAUCCUGCGCUCCACCCCAGAGGACCAGAUCCUGUAUCAGACAGAGCGGUACAAUGAAGAGACCUUUGGCUACGAAGUACCUGUCAAGGAGGAGGGGGACUAUGUGCUGGUAUUGAAGUUUGCUGAGGUCUACUUUGCACAGUCUCAGCAGAAGGUAUUUGAUGUCCGAUUAAAUGGCCAUGUUGUGGUGAAGGACUUGGACAUCUUUGAUCGUGUUGGGCACAGCACGGCUCAUGAUGAAAUCAUCCCUAUGAGCAUCAGAAAGGGGAAGCUGAGUGUCCAGGGGGAGGUGUCUACCUUCACAGGGAAGCUCCACAUCGAGUUUGUCAAGGGGUACUAUGACAAUCCCAAAGUUUGUGCGCUCUACAUCAUGGCUGGGACAGUAGACGAUGUACCAAAGCUGCAGCCUCAUCCAGGAUUGGAGAAGAAAGAAGAGGAGGAGGAAGAGGAAGAAUAUGAUGAAGGGUCUAAUCUCAAAAGACAGACCAAUAAGAACAGAGUGCAGUCAGGCCCCCGCACACCUAACCCCUAUGCCUCGGACAACAGCAGCCUCAUGUUCCCUAUCCUGGUGGCCUUCGGAGUGUUCAUUCCAACCCUCUUCUGCCUCUGCCGAUUGUGAGAACAAAUGGCCAUCCUCAGCAGGUGGAGGAGAGUGGGAAAGAAACCAGACAUGUUGGUUUCUGUAUUCUUCACAGUGUUUAGCAAAAGAGACAACAAAUCAAACAGCACACAUACACACAUGCACACAUGCAUACACACAUAUACACGAAUGUGCACACACACAUGCAUACACACAUACACACAUGGAAAGAGAUAAGAAAAGCAGAGUGAGUGGGGUCACCCCACCAACACUGGUCACAGAGCUGCUCAGUCCUACUCUGCCUAGCUGGCCCCCAACUCUCUUUUUCUCUGGGGUACUUAGGUGAGUGGAUCCUUUCUCUCCAAGGAUCCUCAUUAUAUACCUAGUAGAAAGGACUCUGAACUCAGAGCAGUCACAGUUCCUGGUUUGUUUUUUUGUUUUGUUUUGUUUUGUUUUUAGGUUAGACAUUAACAAACAGCAGAAAAAUGUCACAUAACCUAGAAAGACCUUACUGGGAGUUGGGUGUGUUCUGAGUUUAUGUCCAGAUGUGAUUUCAGAAGUCAUGCUAUUCCAGGUAUUUAUGUGGAGGUAAAUAAGUUGGAUGGUAAAGACAAAGGCUUGGAAAAGAAAGUCAUGCUUCCUUUCUUGGAAGCCUUUCUGGGGUAAUCUGUUGAUGUAUCUUUAUCUUCAUUGUCAUCUCUCAUCUUGUUGUGUGCCAGUUAGAGGACUGUCUGGUAUCCAAGACGACUAGUGAUUAUCAGGUCCUCAAAUUGCCUACAGCUUGUUACUACAACAAAUCAUUUUGAUUUUAGUGCCUGUUGAGGACUUGAUUUCUUCUCGAUUUUUCUCUUAUUCUGGUUCGUUUGAAAUUUCUCACUUCUUAACCAUAGAGCUAAGUUAUUGUCAAAACUGGGCAGGAGACAGGAGAUUGGAGUUCUCUCUGCUGGGUGUCUGACCCUUCACCACCUCACCUUGUUGGUACCUCCCUCCCUGAGUUCCUGAGCCAGCAGCUCUUACUGGCCCCUCCAUAGGGUCUUGCUGCCAGGGGACAGGGAUGCUUUCCAGCCUGCAGCAACAGAACACUUGACCUUAAAAGUCUCUUCUGGUCUUUGGAUUAGAAAAGGCUUAUGUUAGCAACCUCAGAGACUUGAGCCCUGCUAAGUGACUGACCACUGUUUAGAAUGUCCAGAAUCUGAUGUCCAUCUGUCCCUGAGUCCUCUGUCCUCUUUCAGCUAGCUUAGACUUAUGCCUAGAGUCACCCCAAAGAAUUAAGACUGGCUGCAGCAGCCCAGCUGUUUUUCUCGUUGAUCAUAAUAGUACACUCUACUACCCUCUCCUCCCCUAUCCAAGUAGCAGUUAAGUUCCAUCCAAGUACGAUGGGACUCAAAGACUCCUAGUCAGCCGUAGUUCUGGAGGCUCUGAAUGUCUAACUUUAGCUUCAUAGUGUCUGUCUCAAAUUCCCAGUAAACACCUCUGUAGGGGAUGAAGUUUCCGUGUUCCCCAUCUUUCUUUUGGUCACCUUCAUCUGUUUGUCGGUUAAGACACAGUGAGGGACAACCCAGCUUUGAAAAAGGGAUUUUCUAGGUCAGAAGCAGCAGGAUUUGCUUCAGCUUGAGUUGGAGCAGUGUAAGUCUCAGGCCAGGCCCAUAUUUCUGAAUGUGUUUAAAUUUUAAGUUUGCCUUAUCAGAUAUUUGAGCUGUGUGACACAGUAAGUAGCUCUUGAGCCAUGUCUUGACUUUGGCUCCUAAUGAUGACUCCAGGCCAGCACUUAGUCAUUUGAGAACUAUCUUCUAUUUCUCUGUGAUUUAGGCGAGCCCUAGGGUACUGGGUUGGCAGCUGCAUGGCUGUGGCCUGAAAUUGCUGUCAGGAGCACUUCCUGGAGUGCUUGCAAAGGUCCUGCUCUACAGGAUGAGGUACUACAGUGGUCUUGGGAACUACCUGCCUAGGGCAACAGAUGUCCUGGCUAAUCGGGCUUCUGACAGAGGCUUUGGUUCCUGGUCCAUCACUAUUUUAAUUUACAAACCUAUGGGCCACUGUCAGCACAUUAAACGAGGUAAAGGAGAACAGCUGCCUCCAUGUUGCCUUGUUUGCCUGGGUCUCUGAGGAAGGAGGGGUUCUGCUUUCUCACCCCAACUUAUCCUUUUGGUGACUCAGAGUCUCAGAAGGAAACCCUGACUCCUGGGGCCAUUUCCUAAUGGUACUGUAAGCCAAGCAGCUCGGCUCUGCCUCUGUUUCCAAGCCCACCCCUUCCCGGAGGGAUAGGGAUGGGUGCUUUCCUCUCUAGUUGUGUCUAAACGGAAGGAACAUCUUUCUGUAGCUAACAAAAACUAAAAGGAAGCGAGGGAACAGAAGGGAAAGAGUGUGGCGGGGGCUGGGGUAGAUUCCCCUGAGCUAGCCUGCCCAGCUAAUAAGAGCUGCUUUGCGUUGAACUUGAAAGCUUUUCCCUUCUUCCAAGAUGAUGUAGGUACAUGAGGUUUGGGUUAAAAGGGUUGGGUGGGGCACGCUUUAUUUUUAUUUUUGUAUUGUGUGUGUCAAGAAUUACUCCAUUGUUCAUGUUGCUUUUUGCACUGUUUGUUCCCCUUUGUGUUUUGAGCUAGAACCAGGAGUUGCCUGGGAUUGGGAGCUGUGAUUGAUGCCAGUCAGGGAGUGGGGCAGGAGAGGCCCAGGUUUUCUGUUGGAGCUAUACUCUGACACAGGACUUGAAAGCCCACUGAUGGAGCUGGUAGAGAGAAAGACAGAAGAGCAGAGUGUGUUUCUGUUCAUGUUUUGAGAGGAGUAAGCAAAGACAACUGGGUUGAGUCUGCAGGUUCAGUGUGGUUUAGGUCAGUCAGGGGUCAGCUGGCGUCUGACUGAGUUGCUUUAGGUCUUGUUCAAACUAUCUUAAACAUUGUGCCAAGAAAUGAUUUGUGGGAUUCAUGUCCCGAAACCAUUAAAUCUAUUGUUUGGAAACUGCAGUCCUGAGGAGGAGCUGCUCACUGGACACCCACAGAUCUGGCAGUUUAAAAGGCAGCCUUCAAAUGCCCAUCGUGUGAGAGGCACUGCCUGUUGAUUAAGUAUGUGACCUUUUUUCCUGCUCCUGCUGAGUAGGAGAGCCCAGGGUCAUGUGUGCCUCAUUGAGAUGGGUAGAGUUGAGCUGCGUUGUGUGCCUGGGAGCAGUUUUAGAACUGUGGUUUGACUUUUUAAUUUUGUUGAGAAGCUUCUGUUUUAAGGAAUUUCUCCUUCUCGUCUCAUUUCUGCCUCUCCUGGAAAGGGCCUGGCCCUGGUCUAGAGUCUUAGCUAAGGAUACGAGAAACAGCCGCAGUAUUUCCUUCUCUUAGAGCGCAGACCCUCUCCUUAGAAACUGGCUCACCUUUCGGAGUCCGGGGAGGAGUCAGUAGGUUCUCUCUCCUCCCUGGGAACUGGGGAAGGACCCGCCCCGGUCAGCACAGUGCCUUUUCCUCUCCUGCUCUGAGUCAGGUGGGCAUCCCCUCUAGAUUCAGGUCUGGGCAGGGGUCCGGUAGUCCCUACCGUGGGCUGUUUCCCUAUCCCUCCCCUUCCUUGCUGGCCUACUCUGACAUAAUUCAAGUGUCUUCUUGCCUUGAGGAACCUUAAUGGAAUUUGGCCACCACUUGUGACUCUUCUCUGUGACUCUAUAAAGACCUAGGAGAGCACGUGAGCAUUCUCAAAUGAGAGACUAACCAUGCUCCUGCUGUUAAAAGACAGAGCUAGGGAGGUGACUUUAGGCCUCCUGCUGUGGCCUCGGAAGAAGAAGGUGACUUUCAGGUAAGACUGACCGAGGCUACACAGACAAACCGCAGACACCCAGGAUCUGCUCAGAGAUUGCAGAAGAUCUCAGCCUCUCUUAUAGGGAAGGUGUAAUUACGGAUCAAAGAGCGCCAAGAAAAUUGCAAAGAAGCCUUACUGCUUACACCAGAGAGCUCAGGACAGCGUUAUAUUCCAGGUGGAACUAAAACUAUCUGUGUUGGACUUGCCCGACACAGGAGAGGGGCAAGGGUAGAUUUCUUCAUGGUGGUAGAUGAUUGGCAUGGUACUGGUGGUCAGCUGCCCAGGGAGGCCGCCUUCUCUGAACAUACGCAGCUUGAUGCCGGUCUGCUCUGCUUUUCUUGGGCUGCCUUUGCCUUGUUGCUCUAGGUGGCCAGGUCAUCUUGAUAAGAGCAGAUCUGGGGACUGGUUAUAUUGGCAGGAAAAGAAUAGAGUGCAUCUUUUGGGAUGGGCUUUUCUCAGGAGUGUAAAAACAAGGGGCCAGGAUUGUGCUGGCAGCCAGGAAAACAGUAGUGCCUGUGGAAGUUGGCAGAGAAGGCCUUGGCACGCUUGCAUCCAGGCAGUCUUGUGUGAUGGGAGCACAUAGCAUCGGGAAAGCAGAACUCCAUCCUCACCUCUAUUUUGAGCUUAGUGCUUUAUUUCAGUAUGAGGAAAAACAACAACAAGCUGAAGUGUGCUUUCCGUCCUUUCAAAGGACAACUGUCAGGAAACAGUUGAGGUGCCAGGUGGGAGGGGAGACUUGGCAAGGAGAUGUCGUGGCAAAACUAGGAAAAGAGACAUUCUUGGCUCUUCUCUUUCCUGGUGUGCCAUGAUCCAGGGAAUGAAAAGAAAUUUGACCCUGGAUUAGUUCCUUCAUUGGAGUUAAGGAAUAUUACCUUUUCACAAAGUUCCCCUGGGAUAGGAUGGCUGUCCGUCCUAAGCUCCGGGUAGCCUCUUCAACCACUGUUGGCCCAAUCUGGCUUUUGAGGAAACCAACCCUGUCCCUCAGUAUUGAACUUGGCUGCUUCUUGUGGAAUCCAGUACUGGAGAACAGGCAUCAAGUCCUUAGCCUCUGUAGCUCUUAUCUUUCCCAUCUUUUCCUUCGAGGCCACACUGUGCAUUUACAGCAGUGUGGCAAGGUGUAUUGAGGGACCUUGAACCUGGCUGGCCAGGGAAGCAGCAGGGGUAGGUAGAGCUGCUGUUCCUUCUGGGCUGUCUCCAUCCAUCUCUACCCCUUCUAUGCCCCACCCCACUCCCACCAAAAAGUAAAAAAUCAGGAUGUUUUUCACUGUCCAUUGCUUUGUGUUUUAAUAAACAAUUUGCAGUGAUA